AUGCGAACGAAGGAAAUCGAAUCGCGCUCCAUGGUGAAUGGCCCCGAGCCUUCUUACACAACUGGCGCUCACAAAACUUUCACUUCGAAAACUCCGAUGCUGUUAGAUUAUGGUGGCAUCCUUCAAGAGUUCACCAUUGCCUAUGAGACCUGGGGCGAGCUUAAUGUCGAUAGAUCGAAUGUUAUACUAUUACAUACAGGGCUCUCUGCGUCUUCUCAUGCAAAAUCGAACCCGGAUAAUCCAAGGUUCGGAUGGUGGGAAAAGUUUAUAGGACCAGGCUGUGCUCUAGAUACAGAUCGUUUCUUCGUUAUAUGCACCAAUGUCUUGGGUGGAUGCUAUGGGUCUACCGGGCCAUCGAGUAUCGAUCCCGCAGAUGGUGAAAGGUAUGCGACUAGAUUCCCGAUAAUGACUAUGGGAGAUAUGGUCAGCGCCCAGUUUAGACUUCUGGAUCAUCUUGGAGUGGAAAAGCUCUAUGCUAGUGUUGGCGCUAGUAUGGGGGGAAUGCAAAGUUUGGCGGCUGGAGUGCUAUUUCCUGAGAGAGUUGGAAAGAUCGCAAGCAUCAGUGGUUGUGCUAGAAGUCAUCCUUACAGUAUUGCCAUGCGGCAUGCUCAAAGGCAAGUCUUAAUGGCCGAUCCGAACUGGAAUCGAGGAUUCUACUAUGGCAAGGUCCCGCCACAUCUAGGUCUUAAGCUUGCCCGCCAGAUCGCAACUGUAACAUACAGAUCCGGGCCAGAAUGGGAACAACGCUUCGGAAGACAGAGAGCAGAUCCCUCACGCCCGCCUGCAUUAUGCCCAGAUUUUCUUAUUGAAACAUAUCUCGAUCAUGCCGGCGAAAAGUUCUGUUUAGAAUAUGAUGCAAAUAGCUUAUUAUAUGUUUCGAAAGCAAUGGAUCUGUUUGACCUCGGCGCAGAGUACCAAGAAGUAAUUCGAAAGCAGAGGGAACGAAAUAAACAUAAACUAUCCCCAAACCACGUCGAAGAAUUAAGCGAACAGAGCGCGAGCCAGUGCUCUUUGAUACUCCCUUCGCAGCCUUAUACGGAACAACCAAGAGAAGACAUUGAUGCUUCAACGACUACCGAUGAUGGAUCCAUACCUCCUGAUCUUGUUGCUGGGCUGGCACCAAUGAGAAACAUCCCGACCCUCGUUCUAGGCGUUACGAGUGAUAUCCUAUUUCCUGCUUGGCAACAACGAGAGGUAGCGGAGGCUUUGAAGAAAGCGGGGAACCGGAGGGUAACACAUGUCGAACUGGGAGAAGAUGUUAGUCUGUUUGGACAUGAUAGCUUCCUGCUAGAUAUUAAAAAUAUCGGUGGAAGUGUAAGGCGUUUUUUGGAGGGCUGA